UUCCUCACUACACUAGUACUAGUAUACAAUGCUAACCAGGGUAAGUUAACUUGCCUUCUGCCGUAUCCUCUGAGUACCCUUGAGAAGUCAGAGAUCGAUCUUAUUCGCUGCCGGGAGAUCUGAUUACUUCACUUGUUUUGUUCUUUUAGGAAAGAUAUCGGAUCUGACCGUCAAACAAAGUAAAAGAUGCAGGAUCAGGAAGGGCAUGUGGCUGAUGCAGGAAAAGAAACAUUGACAUCUGUUCAAACAUCUGAAAUUGAAGAUUGGACAAAAUACAAGGAUGAUGAUAUUAUGCAACAGCAAUCUUCCAUCCAGGCUGAACAAGCUGUAAAAACUCAAUUUGUUGGCGAUAAGGAACCUUUGUCUUCAUUAGAAGCUGAAUACCAUCUGGGAAAUUCAAUUUUGCUGGAGAAAAUAAAGGUGCUGAGUGAACAAUAUGCUGCCCUUAGAAGAACACGUGGAGAUGGAAAUUGCUUUUUCCGCAGUUUCAUGUUUGGUUACCUUGAGCACAUUCUGGAAUCACAAGAUCAAAGCGAAGUUCAUCGCAUUAAAGCUAGUAUUGAGGAAUGCAAAAAGACACUUCAAAGUUUGGGCUACGCAGAAUUCACAUUUGAAGACUUUUUUGCGUUAUUCCUCGAGCAACUCGAUAAUGUUCUUCAAGGUAGCAAAGAUUCCAUAAGUCAUGAAGAACUCCUACGCAGAAGUCGUGAUCCGUCCAUUUCUGACUAUGUUGUGAUGUUCUUCAGAUUUGUAACAUCUGGUGAAAUAAGGAAGCGCUCGGAGUUUUUCGAACCAUUUAUACUAGGACUAACAAAUGCCUCAGUGGAGCAGUUUUGCAAGUCAUCAGUGGAACCCAUGGGCGAAGAGAGUGAUCAUGUGCAGAUUAUAGCCCUAUCAGAUGCGUUGGGUGUACCAAUCCGUGUCGUAUAUCUUGAUAGAAGCUCAUGUGAGAACAACAGCAUCAAUGUAAAUCACCACGACUUUGUUCCUACAAGCGAUGGCAUGGGGAAUAGUGGUGUUUCCAAGACCACAAAUCCAUCUAUUACCUUGCUGUAUCGCCCAGGACAUUACGACAUUCUCUACCCCAAGUGAUGUUCUUCAUUUAGGGGUCGUUUGGUUUGAAUACAGUUUAUGUCGGGAUAAGUUAUACUGGUAUAAGUUAUGCUGGGAUUAGUUAUGCUAGGAUUGUUUUUUAUCCAUUGUUUGGUAUGUUGUAUUAAAUAUGACAAUUGCAUAAUCUGUAAGAAGAUUGUAUACCGGUGCUAAUUACCCCACCCUCGAUAAGGUAUAAGUUAUCCCGGUGUUAAUUUUAAUCCUGGGAUAACUUAUACGUGGUUUGCUAACCAAACGAAGUAUUAAGGUGGUAUUAAAUUUUUAUAUCAGCACUAUACCUUCUUAUACUUCGUACCAAACGAUCCCUUAGUUUGUGAAAACAAUCUCACAAUGAAAACUUGGCUCAUACACUUUGGCAUGUAUGAUCGAUCAGAAUAGAAACUUGUGUGUUCGUUGA